GUGCCGGACGCGCGCGGAGCGCGAACGCGAGACAAGCGUCGUCGACGUAUUACAUAAAUGAGAGAAGCAUCACUCGCGGUAGACGGAAUUACUACUCGCACACGACGUUGGAUACCAUUCCAAAGCCCGAUCGCGUGCACGACUUGACGUCGACGAGCUCGAUGUCGAAGAUCUCCCAUUGCUUGGCGGAGAAGAAGGUGGCGGCGCGCGCGCGCGCGGCGUUGGUGUCGGGAAGCGCGCUCGGGGCGAAUCUCGGGAACUUCGCGUACGGAUUGAGCGAGACGCUGUACGGCGUCGAAGGCUUGCGCAGGGCGGUGGUGUUCGACGCGACGAAUCAGGUGUGGUUGCUCGUCGUCGCGCACGCGGUGUACGCGCACCGGACGGAGACGGAUGUGGGCGGGGACCGAGAGACGCGACGGGCGGCGACGCGGAGGCGCGUCGCGGCGUCGGUGGCGAAACAGGCGCGAAAUCCGUGCCUCGUCGCCGUCGUCGUGGCGUUCGCGUACAGAGUGAUGGUGGGACACGCGAAUGGGUUUCCGCCGGCGAUCGAUGAGUUCUUGGCGUUUCUGGGGGGGGCGAAUAAGACGUUCGCCAUGCUCGCGCUCGGGAUUUUGUUCGAGCCGAAAAUCGCGAGCGCGGAUCUGUGUGCGCUCGGAAGCGCGCUGGCGCGCAGGUACGGGACGUCCAUGAUGUGCGCGGGGGUGACGUUGGCGUGCAUCGGGCCGAUGCUCGGGGAGUUGGGUUCGGCGGUGACGGUUACGUGCAUGCUGUCGCCGAUCGCUCUGCUCACCGUGGCGUACGCGAUGGAGUUCUCGCUGGACGUCACCUUUGCGGCGGCGUUGGUGAAUUACUCGAAUUUGAUCUCGUUGGUGCUGAUUUUCGCCAUCUCGCGCGUCUCGUUCGCCGAUCCCGUGGCGUUGGCUCCCGCGCUCCUCGCGUGCGGCGCGGCGACGUUUGGAGCGGGCGCGCUUCUCGAUCGCGUCGAGGAUCGCGCCGAGCGCGCGCGGGGCGACUGCGUCGUCACCACCGCGUUGGAUCGUUCGAUAUGCGUGAGCGCGCCGGUCGUCGCGCGUCGGCGUCGCGUCGCGGGUGUGCACGUCGUCUCGCGUUCGAGUCGUUUCGCGUCUCGCGUCCACGUCGUCGCCAAUCGAGCGCCACGGCGAGCGCAGAGGGGAGCGGUGACGUCUCUGUACCGAUGCGCGUCAUCAUCCAGGGCGCUCGCUGCGUCGUUUCGAAUAGCCUAA